GUUGAAGAGUACUGCAUCCCUGCCGCGCGCUCCCCACAUUAAACUCCAGGCUAAUGAAAACAAUCUGGUGUGGAGGAGAACGAGAGAGGGAGAGAGAGAGGAGAGAGAGAGAGCUCACAAGCCUUACUCCCAACUGAUGGCAGAAGGGAAUUAAACACAAGAGGAAAGACCAAGAACUCCUUCCAACUUUGUUCUUCAUCUCCAAACACGCCUUCACAUCAGUCGCUUGUUGAGAGGACGUUUGUUUUAUCCAAACCAGUAGCUCAACAGGGCCUUGGACACACCUGCGAGCAUUAACAAUGGCCGUUUGGUUGGUCCUGUGGCAGCUUGUUCUUGCAAACAUGUGCCUAUGUUCACCAACACCCACCAUCAGUGUUUCAGAUGUAACAACACUGACUUCUACAGAAGCAUCCGGCAGUUCUGAAUCUGACGUCACUGGAGAGUCAGUUUCCACCAUGAGAACCACAAACGUUAUCGACACCACGGGUGUUACCUUGACCUCCACCCUUGCUGUUGCUGCCACCAAGCCGGCCCACCUUGGCGCUGUUAUAAUGGAGUUUAUCUCGCAGUACCUGACCUUCAUCGUCAUUGCCGCUGUUGCUCUCGCCCUACUGCUGGUCCUCGUGUGCACCGUGAUAUUUAUGAGGCUACGCAAGGGUUCAGCCUACUACCCGUCCGCUUACGCCACUAAAAACUACGUGGACAAGCAGGACAAAAGGGGUUCCGGCAAAAAUUUUGAAGAGGUCACGGGGACGGCCGGCGAGGAGCCCAAGGAGGACACCGUCAACACUUCGGAGCAGCUGCAAUCCGACAUUCUCUCGGCCACCCACAACCUCAAGAAGAAGGGCCCAUCCAAGGGAGACGAGAAGAAAGCGGCUGGUGCAUCAGGGAAGGGAGAGAGCCCGCAGGAAGCAGGCGCGGAGGGAGGGAACAGUACGGCCCCAGACCCGGGAGCUAAUAAUGCGGAAGGCCCAUUGACCGACAGCACAGAGGGCAACUCUGCCAAAGCACCUGAAAGAGCCCGGCAGGAGGAAGGGGAGGAACAGCCAACGGAGAAGGAAGAGCAGAACGGAGACGGCCGGGCAGUGGGGAAGGGAAAGGGGGAAAAUGAGGAGGAGGGCAAGGAUAAGACGGAGAUGGAAACUGGAGCAGUCCCAGGCACUAGCUCAACACAGCCACCUGGCAGUGAGAUGGGGGACAAGUCCCCCCAGACCCCUGGAGAACAACUUGUUGCAGACGCAGACCAGUCAAAGACCUUAGACGGAGCCGCGGGCCAGGAACUGAACGAAGUUAAGUACGCUCAACUGAGUUUAAGUGACGGAUCAAGUGCGGCUGAGGCCCCUGCCGAUUAUUCCAAGGACCUAGAGGAUACCCCACUCAUCGCCAAGUCCAAUGGUGCACCCGAUGACAACGGAGCUUUUUAAACGGCCAACGCAAUCCAACACUUCCCUCGGCUUGAUAUGAGGAUUACUUGAAAAUCGACCGGAGAAUAUGCUCAGCAAUACACCAAUGACACUCGUUUUCAACCAAACGCAUUAAGAUUUGCAGAUUAGGACAUGCAAAAGAAACAUUUUCAGUGAAAGAAAAACUGAGGGGGAAAAAAAAGCUUUUAUAGAUCCUCUUAAUACAACAAAAAAAUGACGUCCCAACCUGUAACAUUGAUUCAUUGAUUUUUAAUACCCUCCAUUUCAAGGGGAAAUAUCAACCUAGAAAUGGGAAGAAGCUUAAAAAUGCAACCAUUCCAGAGCGCUUAGAUUUUCUCUUCUUUUAAUCGCUUUGAACAUUUACAGACGUCUUCAAAGGUUAAAGUGUCCAAAGUUAUGGGGGAGCAGGCAGGAGAAUGGGGUUGAGAGGGGAAGGUAAAUCAGCCACGAUUCAAUGCCAGAGUGGACUCGAUAGGCCGUAUGGCCUAAUUCUGCUCCAAUGAAUUAUGAACUUCUAAAUUUAUCAACAAAUGUGCCAAUUUAAAUUAGAAAGAUAUUCAAUCGUCAAACCCCAAAUCAAAGCUCCGACAUCUGAUCUGUUAGUUUAAACUUUAAAAACGUUUUCGUCGUGCUUUCAGAUUGCCCCCUUGCCAGCGACUAAAUCCCACAAACCCACCUGGAUAUUUGAGGCUCAUCCAUGUCUAUGAAUCCAACUUUGAAUCCUUGCCUUUGGGCUUACUGAAGCCCCAUCGUGGGCUCAGGGAAAAAGCAUGGCAAGUUGAUGGCUCCCAUCAUAUCUUCCCCGCAAACUGCAAUGUAAUCUUCCCAAAUAUUGUCACAUCAGGUUCAGGGCUCAGUCCCACUUCACGAGCCUUCUGAAGGAGCCAUAUGCUGUAAUAGCAACUAAGUAAUAUCAUCUUUCAAUAAUCUCUCAAGAAUUGCUGGAUGUUGGCGGUACCCAAAAAUGAAAGUGCUCGUGAUUGUGAGGAAUUGUCUGUCGUAACAUUGGAUGAUCCAAUUGUAACACGGGUGCCCAUUGAAAGCAGAAGCUCAAUGCAAAGAAACAUUUUUAAAUAAUAAUAAUUAUUAACAUGGAUUGUUCAGGCAGGAUCUGAACAAUGUUAAGCGUGCAGUGAUUUUAAUUGCAGCAUAUAGCCCCUUGAAGGAGACUUAAAGCUUGUUUAACUAAAUUGCAAUGCAUCUUGAGCAUAAAUCGGUUCAUUUGGGCAGCAACUUCAGCAGUGAGCUUUGUAUUGCUUUGCUUGUAUUGUUUUUUUUUUUAGUAAAACUAGACACCAUUAUGCUUUGGAAUUAACUGGUAUCCAAAAAGCUGGGUUCCUUAUAUACAUUACCGAUGUAGAGCAAGAGACACAGGGUGUUUCGGUUGUAGGGUGGACUCAGUGCCAGUAUAUUAGAUAGACACAAAGUGCUGGAGUAACUCAACGGGUCAGGCAGCAUCUCUGGUGAAAAAGGAUGUGACGUUUGGGACUCUUCUUCAGACUGAAAGGCGGGAAAAGACCAGGGCUGGUCACAAAUGACUUCAGGCAGGGUGGCGCCUUGAUGAGCCCAUGUUCGUUGGGGAAGGUGUGAUCUCAAGAGGGAUACAAUGUGGAGAACUGUGCAGCUGGUUAAACAACUGUGGUGGAGGAAGGGGGAAAGGGGGAGAGGGGAGGGAAGUGUAGGCUACUUACAGGAAAUUACUUAAAAUUAGAGAUUUCAAUGUUCAUACCAGUGGGUUGUAAUAUGAGAAGCUGUUCCUCCAAUUUGCGUGUGGUCUAACUCUGGCAAUGGAGGAGGCCCAGGGCAGUAAGGUUGGUAUGGGAAUGGGAGUUAAAAUGUUUCAUGGGAUAUCCAGUUAUGGGAUAUCCAGCAGACCUUGUGGUGGGGUGACAGGCUCAAUACUGGAAAAUGCCACAAGGAACACCGGCCAAACGAGAUGUAAACCUUUUGACAUAAAGUUUGGAAUAUCCACCACCAUCCAAUUCAUGUACAGGAAAUCCAUCUUUUAAUUACAUUCAUGUAAGACUGACAAUGUAUUCCAAGCUUUCGAGACCCGGUGUUCUCCAGUCCCACAAGAAGAGCUAAACAGUUGGUUCUUCAAGGUAGAAUGACGUCUGUGGUGAAGACUGCCUGGGUGGGGGCCUUUUCUUGCUUUCCUCACUCCCCAGUGUUUGGGUGCUUCACCUCUACAGAGCAACACGUGCCUGGGGAAUUUGUAGUGAGGGAGGAACACAGAGGGGUGUAGGAGACACUGGUAACGUUGGAAAUAUUGACGCCCACAACGGAUCAACCCGGUAGCCAUUAUAAAUGGUAAGGUGGCGUAGGAAGGAACUGCAGAUGAUGGAUCAUAUCGAAGGUAGACACAAACGCUGGAGUAACUCGGCAGGGCAGGCAACAUCUUUGGAGAAAAGGAAUUGGCGAUGUUUUGGGUUGGAACCCUUCUUCAGAGUCUGACCUGAAAUGUCGCCAGCCAUGUUAUCCAGAGAUGCUGCCUGACCCGCUGAGUUACUCCAGCAUUUUGUGUCUACCUAUGGAUGGUAGGGCUCUUGGGCAGACUCCCAACCCCUGCCUCUACCAUUCUUGAGCUGACAAAUGGCACAGCAAGGAUCUCCAAAUUGAGUGACAUUACUCGGAAUAAACUGAUGGGUGGUAGGGAGAUUUUUGGUGGGGGGGGGAGGGGGUUGCAAAAGUGGGCUCUUAUAGUGGCUGCGUUUUGGUGAUCCAGCCCCACACCCCUCACCGAACCCUUGAGUUCUUACCCUAGACCACUGUGCCAUGGCAUUGGAUUUUGGUGCAAUGCUUUGUUUAGUUUAGAGAUUCAGCGCGAAAAAACAGGCCCUUCAGCCCACCGAGCGAUCCCUGUACUCCAGCACUAUCCUACACACUUUGGACAAUUUACAAUUUUGUUUUACCGAAGUCUAUUAACCUACAAACCUGUAGGUCUUUGGAAUGUGGGUGGAAAUCGGAGCACCCGGGGAAAACCCACGUGGACACAGAGAGAAUGUACAAACUUCGUGCGGACAAGCACCCAUAGUCAGGAUGGAUCCCGGGUCUCUGGCAUGGUAAGGCAGAACUCUACCACUGCGCCACCGUGGCACCCCUGUGAUGUCCACUUUCACAGGGCCACCUCCACCACCCUGCACUGAAGAUCUCUUACAACACCCAGAGCGGGCCAACGUUAACCUUUCCGAUUAACGUUUUUCUUGUUGAGUUCUAAGAUCGCUGUAGUGGACUUAACGCUGGCAAUAUACAAUAAUAAAUCAUUUUUAAUAAA